AGCAAUCAUCAACGUCGAUUUUAAUAAGCUUCGGUUGGAUUUAUUACGUUGGCUAAGAUAUUUUAAUCAAUCAAAGAAUCAUCAGCAGGAAUAAACUUGUGGUGGAUAGCAAAGAUACUGUAAUUGGUGACAUUUGUGAAAUAAAAUUAUUUUGAUUUAAAUAAUUAAAGUCGUACGAAAAAUGGAUCCUUUUACCCAGCGAAUUCUUGAAAAGGCAGAACAACGUAGUAGACUUUUAGGUAUAAGUAAGGCAAGUAAACAUCCCCGUGUCGAGAGUGCGGGAGAGUUUAACAUUGAGAAAUCCAUCAAAGUCGGAAAUGUGGAAAAUGGAACUCAACAAAAACAAACAUUCCAAACACAGCAGAUAACUGUUCAGCCUGCCGUAGCGGCAUCUUUGCAAGCUACAUCACAUAAAGGAACCAGCGCAAAAAAUGAAAAUGGUUUAAAUUGCAAUAAGUUGGAAGUUAUUGAAAAGGUUGUUAAUAAUACAGCGAGUUUUUCAAAUACGGAGCAAAAAGUUCACCGUCAGUUUUCGGCGGUGAAUAAAGAAAAUAUGGAUUUAGGAAUUGAAAUCAAUAUAGUGACAAAUAAAAACAUGGAGGUUGAAGUCCAAGUAGAAGAGCAAAAUAUUGUCAAUAAUGAUGUCAGCCACAUUAAAACAGCAUUGGAACAAACGACAUCUAAAAUACGAAAUACUUCACGAAGCUGUUUACAGCGCCUUGGUGCACUUUAUGCAAACCCCAAUGACCUUUCAUCGCCAAUACACCGAACUGAGGGGGAUUUCCAUUCUUAUUCUCCUGUUGAUGAAUGUGACGGGAAAAGUACUAAACGUUCUAAACAACGUUUAGGAAAAUUAGUCGAACUUGCGAGUUCUAUCAAUCAGUGGGAAGAUGACACUUCUCACCACGACCCGCAUCCACCAAGUUUACUACCGCCACCUAAGCCAGAUUUACCAAGUAGAAAAAUUUCAAAUGUACCGGUAACUACUUUACAAGGUACGAAAUUUUCAAACAAUACAUGUAAAGAGGGACAUGAACACACAACAUCAGAGAAGUUGCCAUCGAAGGAAAAAAAAACAGGGAAUACCACAAAACCGCCAUGUAACACAAAACAAUUGACAUGGGAUCCCCUGUUGUUUAAUUCACUUGAAGCCCAGGGAUUUCAAAGACGUAAAUCAUCUGUUGUGAAACUUGCUUAUGACUACACAAAAGAUGAAAAAAGUAAGUCGAUAGAAACACAAGGAGAUGAUGAUAUAAAAGAUGCUCCACAUCAGCCUAAAGUGGCUAAGUUGGCCAGCACAUUUUCAAAAAUUUUGGGGGAUAAAUGUAGUAUGGUUGACCGUAAGGAACAUAAAUUCUCAAAUGUUAAUAUUGGUUUAGUUUCUGGACGAACGGCAGCCUUUGAGAAAAAAGUUAGCGCUUGUCAAGAAGCACAAAGGCCACAAAAAGAUCCGACAGAAUUGUCUCUUAAGGAACGUAUGCAAUUAUUUGAACGGAAUAAAGGGGAAGCCCUUAUUCCGAAAGCUGCUCUCGGAAUGGCUCCGCCUAUAAGCAAAAUUCAUAAUGAGCACAUUGUGCAACAUAGAGGAGAUGGUGCCAAAGCAACUAACGCCGACAUUUUGUUCACUAAUGAAAAUUUGAAAUCAUCGAAACCCAGCAACGAAAGUAAAUUGCGUGAAAAAGUAGCUGCGCUUGUUUCAAACACAUCCACCAUGGCAGAGAUCAAAAUAAAAUCUGAUAUACAAAAGCAACGUAAAAAUGAUAUGCAAGUUAUUGCAAAUCGUUUUCACAAACAAAAAUAUAUAAAUGAAAGCAAAGGGAACAUAUUGGAGGCAUCUGGAACUAAAGAAACAUUGCUUAAUUUUCAUAAUACGAAAAAUACCACUAUCCCACAUCCCCCGUCACCACCACCACCACCUCCGAUGCCCAAAGAAAGUUUGACUAUGAAAAACAAACGGCAUUCUCCUAGCGAAGUUACUGACGAGGAAACCAAACGCGCAUGCAAAACUGCUGUAAGUCGUCUGUAUCCGGCACUAUCAAAUUUGGAAUCCAGAAACUUGGCAUUGGAAUCGAAUAGUGGUAGUGGUGCCACUACUGCAAUUAUGUCUGACCACAGUACCGAUGAUGAACAUAGUCAGAUUCUAACUAAAAAACAUGAAACUAGCGACUUAGAUAGUAUGAAUGGAGAUGGAAGUGACAUGUAUUCAGAGGACGCAGAUGACAGCAGCAUAGACAUCUGCAACAUCAGUUUGGGGCGUGAGAUAAUGCAUGCUGUACAAAAGAAUGAUGAUCACCAAAAAAAACAUCAGCAAGAAAAACAAAUGGAGAAACCUUGUGGUGAUAACGAAUAUUUUGGUUGUGAAGAUAGCUCAUUGAAUUCUUCUGAAACUUCAUUGGGUAUUAAUGAUUACUUAGAUGAAGCUUUGAAAGAAGAUGGCAUUGAUGACGACACACAGGGAAGCUGUGAUUAUGCGAAUGAAUCUGGAAGUAUAAUUCAUCUGUCAAAAGAAAAUAAAGGGACAACUGCUUCCAAUAGCUUUUCUUUUCAUAAAUCAACAAAAAAAGAUGAAAAUUAUAAAAUUGCAACAGAAGAAAAUAAGAUAUCACCAAUUCUAAAUUCAGCACCCUCUUUGUACGUGACACAACCGGUCAAAUCUGAAAUGAGUAUCAAUCGCGAAAACGAAAACAAUAUGGUCACCUUGGUACAUACAGUCAGUUUUUACAGACGCCAACAGAGCGAUAAUAGCGCUAAUUCUACUCCAAUUCGAAAGGUGAGUAAAGAAAGGAAGAUCUUACGCUCCGAUAUCAGUAACGCUACCUCUGCAGCACUGAAAAUUGAGCAUAAAAAUAAUAUAAAAGAAUUCAAAAACGAUGAAACGUACCUUGUUGAGGAAGUUGAGACACAAAUUAAUACUUUACAAGAUGAAAUAUAUACAGAUGAUACUCACUUAGUGGAAGAAAAAAUCAAAAAACUACUGGACGAAGUAUGUAAACAGCAGACGGUGAUUGCACAAACUAGUCAAGCAUUGAACUUAUGUGCUGCUACUAUUGAAUUUUCGGGAUCAACAGAGUCGGUUGAGGGCGAGCGACAUUUACUUGUAGCAACUCAUCGCCGUCAGGCCUGUUUAGAUGAAGUACAACGUUUACGAGUAGAGAAGUGCCUGCGCCCAACAGGUUCUUUACGAGAUAAAGGUCGCCUUACAGUUAAGGAAAUAACUAUACCAUUACGACAAGAUUACAUACGCAAACUAGCUGCGGACACCAUUUCCGGCCAUCAUUUGGUUUGUUUACUGAAGUACAAUGAAUAUGUUUUGGCCACAAAGACAGUACCCACUCUUCCUGGCCUUCUAGCCGUUAAAUUCCCUGAUGUUUUGAUAAUGAAUAACGUUUAUGCAGAUUUUAGGAUUACCCUAGAAAUUUACGGUAUGACUGCCCAGCGAGAAGUUUUGCCCCACGAAGUAAAAUAUCAUAUUAAUUUGAAUAAAAAAUGUGGCAUAAAAACCCCUAAAAAGAAGGGUAGUGAAAAUCGCUUAGUUAUGCCUCCAGUACAAAGACCUGCGGGGCCAAACGUUGUGCGCACUCCGGUAUUGGUGCAAUAUGGUUUUGCCAUAUUUUCUUUACGUGAGAUACAGCGGACCUCAUGGACCUUAACACAAGUUCUUGGUGUAAGUCCGUUGGAAGGAGUUGUGCAUAUGAAAGCUAAUUGUGAAUUAUCUGUUUUGGUGGAACAUCGCGGUUUUCUAACUAUGUUUGAAGACAUUUCUGGUUUCGGGGCUUGGCAUCGGCGCUGGUGUUAUUUAAAUGGAAGUGUACUUAAUUAUUGGAAGUACCCAGAUGAUGAGCGUAAAAAAACGCCUAUCGGCACCAUCGAUUUGUAUGCUUGUCAUACACAGAAAGUAACCGUAGCGCCUCGUGACAUAUGUGCUCGUCUUAACACAAUGUUGCUCGAAUUCGAGCGACCCGCAAAAGAAACAGACGUAGAAUCACUCAUUAUUGUUCCAAAUGGCCGCAACACAAUUGUGAGAUACCUGCUUUCAGCUGAUACGAGAGAAGAGCGAGAACUUUGGUGUGCUUACUUCAAUAAAGUCUUACUGUUGCUGCGUGCUUGGGGACCGCCGCAGUGAUGAUAUAUUAUCAACUAGUAAUUGUUGACUUCAAAUUACGAAUCAUAAAUAUUUAUUAGAAUAUAAAUUUUGAGGACAUCAAUUUUCGUUCAUAUAUUUUAUUUUAUUAACUUUUCCGAGGUCUACUUUAAAAUGUUUAAUCAAAAUUGAAUAGAAAAGAUCGGAUUCAAUUUGGUAAUACUAGUGCUACAAUGAUGAUAAAAAUAUAAAAUAUGUAUAUUGCGGAGGA